GAAACAACAAAUUUGUCCUACGUCAAAUCCGGAUCAAGAAAGAUGGCAGCGACCUUGUGUGGCAGACUUCUCCCGAAAGCGGGAUGGCUGCCAUUAACCCAAAGUGUUCGUCACGGCUCCAAAGCUGUCACUCGUCACAGAAAGCCAGUACAUUUUCUCAAGCAGAAGCUGUUGGCUGUCACUGAGUACAUUCCUCCCACACCUGCAGCUCCUCCUGCUGCUCUGGCUCCACGAGUCCGAAAGACUGAAGAGGAAAGUCCUCUGGCAGUUAUGUUGCGGAAAAACCUAGAAACCUUGUUUAAGGAGUGUAAGAUGAUUGCUGUGGUCCAAAACAAUGCAAUCAAUGCAGAGGACCUAUUGCAGUUGAAACACAAACUGAAAAAACACAAUAUCAGUAUCAAGUUCUUUCCAAACCAGGUGACGAGGUCUUUCCUCAACAACAGCAUUUACAGUAACAUGUUGCCUCUAUUUGUUGGCCAGACUGUCAUAUUUGUUAGUAAAGAGCCAAAAGUUAAGGAGAUGCUGCAGGCGCUGAGGCACAGUCCUCAGAUGGUCCUGAUAGGUGCUUGUAUAGAGAACACAUUGCUCUCUUAUCAAGGUAUUCUCAAAUACUCCAAACUCCCAUCUAUGACCACUAUCCAGGGUGAGAUAGUUGGUGGACUAACCAUGAUGACCUCACAGACUGUCUCGAUGCUACGCCACCAUCCAGCUCAUCUUUCUGCCCUCCUUCAGCAGUAUGUGAAACAGCAGGGCACCGUGGACGCCACAAAUGCUGUUACAAAUAAAGAUGCUUCUACAAUACUGGAAGCUGCUGCUUAAAUUUUACAAAUAGACAUGGAUGAACAACUGUGUAUGAUUGACAAAGUGCAUAUAAUAAAAGGAUAUUAUUUAAAGUUG